GGAGUUUGUAAGGAGCACGAAGUUCCGGACAGAAGCGGAGAGUUUUGGGUGGAGCUUUGUCUUUGAGGACUUGGUCUCCCAGGAGCUCAAAAAAAAGACCACCAGGCGGGUGAAGAAUCUUCUCUGGUGGCUUCCUGUGGAGGGGGCAUUUUGGAGGCAGCCUGCAGGUCCCGGCUCUGGCAUCAAAGAGAAAUUGGAGUUCCCUGUGCUUCACGUGAGCUGGAACGACGCUCGUGCCUACUGCGCUUGGCGAGGGAAACGGCUGCCGACGGAGGAAGAGUGGGAGUUUGCUGCUCGAGGGGGUCUGAAGGGCCGGAUUUACCCAUGGGGGAACAAAUUCCAGCCAAACCGCACCAAUCUGUGGCAGGGAAAGUUCCCUACAGGUGACACAGCUGAGGACGGCUUCCACGGAGUCUCCCCUGUGAAGGCGUUCCCCCCACAGAAUGACUACGGGCUGUAUGACCUCGUGGGCAAUGUGUGGGAGUGGACAGCAUCCACAUACCCGGCUGCUCACGAGGACAUGCGUGUGCUCCGGGGGGCGUCCUGGAUUGACACGGCCGAUGGCUCCGCCAAUCACCGGGCCCGGAUCACCACCAGGAUGGGCAACACUCCAGAUUCAUCCUCGGAUAACCUCGGCUUCCGCUGUGCUGCCAAUGCCGGCCGGAUCCCGGGAGAGCUGUGAGCAGCCAUGCCAAAGAACCGGAAGGAAGUCCCCCCAGGAUACCUGUGUCAUUCAUUCAUCACACAGCCACGCGCCAGGACUUCUG